GCACUCUGAUUUUUGUUAUAUGCAACGUUUGAUUUUGGUGCGAGACACAAAAUCCACCCACCUUGUACCUUCAAUCUCACCAACACAUUCUGUUACUUCGUUUUUCCUUUCCACACAAAAACCUUAAAUCGCACGUUGAAACUGAAACCACUGUUUAGAUUAGAACCGCAAAAGCUCUUGGGUUUGUUUCCUUCGCAACCCCUUCAAUUUUCUUGAUGUGAAUCCUCAAAACAAUGUCUGGGUUGGAGGAAUUGAGAAAAAAGCUCGCACCUUUAUUCGACGCCGAGAAGGGUUUCUCGUCAAGUCCAACCUUGGACCCUUGUGAUUCUUACACAUUUUCGGAUGGUGGGACUGUGAACUUAUUGAGUAGAUCAUAUGGGGUGUACAAUAUCAACGAGCUUGGGUUGCAGAAGUGCACGUCUAGGUCUGUGGAUGAAACUGAUCAGAGUGAGAAAACGUAUAAGUGUGCUUCCCAUGAGAUGAGAAUAUUUGGAGCAAUAGGGAGUGGUGCUAGUAGUGUUGUGCAGAGAGCUAUACAUAUACCAUCACAUAGGAUUCUGGCACUGAAGAAGAUCAAUAUCUUUGAGAAGGAGAAAAGGCAGCAACUCCUUACUGAGAUAAGGACAUUAUGCGAAGCACCUUGUUAUCAGGGUCUUGUAGAAUUUCAUGGGGCAUUUUACACCCCAGAUUCUGGACAGAUAAGCAUAGCUUUGGAGUACAUGGAUGGAGGAUCACUUGCAGAUAUCUUGCGAAUGCAUAGAAGGAUACCUGAACCUAUUUUGUCAUCCAUGUUUCAAAAGCUCCUACAUGGUCUAAGCUAUCUGCAUGGAGUCAGACAUCUAGUUCACAGAGACAUAAAGCCUGCUAAUCUAUUAGUAAAUCUCAAAGGGGAGCCAAAAAUCACUGAUUUUGGUAUUAGUGCUGGCUUGGAGAAUUCAGUGGCAAUGUGUGCUACAUUUGUUGGAACUGUUACAUACAUGUCACCUGAGAGAAUUCGAAAUGAAAGCUAUUCUUAUCCAGCUGAUAUUUGGAGCCUGGGUCUUGCUCUUCUGGAGUGUGGGACAGGAGAAUUCCCAUAUACAGCUAAUGAAGGUCCUGUCAAUCUUAUGUUGCAGAUCCUGGAUGAUCCAUCACCAUCACCGACAAAAAACAAGUUUUCACCUGAAUUCUGCUCCUUUGUUGAUGUUUGCCUACAGAAGGAUCCAGAUAUUAGGCCAACAGCAGAGCAGCUGCUUUUGCACCCCUUUAUCACUAAGUAUGAGAAUGACAAGGUAGAUUUAGAGGGAUAUGUUCGAAGCGUUUUUGAUCCUACACAAAGAAUGAAGGACUUAGCAGACAUGUUGACAAUACAUUACUACUUGCUAUUUGAUGGACCUGAUGAUUUGUGGCAACAUACAAAGAGCUUAUAUAGUGAAAGCUCAAUUUUCAGUUUCUCUGGGAAACAACAUUGUGGUCCAAGUGAUAUCUUCACAUCUCUAUCAAGUAUUAGAACUACAUUGGUUGGUGACUGGCCUCCUGAAAAGUUGGUGCAUGUUGUUGAGAGGCUUCAAUGCCGUGCUCAUGGUGAAGAUGGAGUUGCAAUCAGGGUAUCAGGAUCCUUCAUAGUUGGAAACCAAUUCCUCAUAUGUGGAGAUGGCAUUCAAGUUGAGGGCUUGCCAAACUUCAAGGAUCUUGGAAUUGAUAUUCCUAGCAAAAGAAUGGGUACAUUUCAUGAACAAUUCAUUGUGGAGCCCACAAGCCUUAUUGGAUGUUAUUCCAUUGUCAAACAAGAGCUUUACAUUAAUCAGUAAUGUUAUAUUAUUACAUUAUGGUGUUACUGUGUCACUCAGAAUUCAACACACUUGACACAGAAUCACUGUCUCCCAGAUGUAACAUUACAAAUUUGCCAUGUAUCUAUGUUAAUGAAAAAUUGUUAAAUGUGAAUAUGAAUUCAUUUAAAGUUAACA